GUACGCUCUACUGGUGAAGCAGAUCUUGAUGAUGUUAUAGACGGCGCAGUCUACCAUUCCCAUCGCAACCAUCGAACAUACAUUGAGCAAACAAUACAUGGAAGGAGGAGCACGAAUACUUCCUAUGAUGGGAGAUGCGACGAGGAAGAGAAAGGGGACAAGCCCUUGCAGCAUUACAGUAAGAAGGGCGAGUCAGGGAAAGUUAGAACAGGUACAAGCGAACCUCAAAAACAAUCCAUCUCUGAUUAUUCAAGAGUUGCAGAGAAAAUUAUGAAGGAUGAGCAAUACUUCAAGCUCUCAGGGCACACUCCAGCUAGAACUGCUUCCCUGCCCCCAACAGAGACUCAUGUUGGAAGGCAUGUGCGAUCAGGGUCAAUGCAACCUGAUCUAUUGAGCCCAAAUGGUGAUCGGGCGCAUCCAAGGUUGCCAGAUUAUGAUGACCUGGCUGCCCGGGUUGCGGCGUUGAGGAAGUCAUGAUGACCAUGGUGAACUAUCUGUUCCCCUUUUCCGACUUGAGGGGACUCCUUUUCCCUACUAGGAUUGCUUGUUUUUCAGUUUUCCUAAUGUAAAUCAAACAUAAAAGUUUAGGCCCCAUUUGGUAUUAUAUUUAUUUUUCUUUG